AGCGCUAAUUUCAAGUUUUUCCUGUGCAGCGUUUCGCUUUGCGUUUUGGAAUGGACUCCAAACCGAAGCGAGCAAAGCAGAAAUCUUCGGUUCGCCCCUGUCCUCAGGGAUGUGGUUUCUGUUUGCACGACAGCGACCAGCACGAUGCCUGCCCUGUCUGCCUGGGGAUCGUCCACGCUAGGAGAGCGUUGACGGAGCCCGAAGCCUGUGCGUUUUGUCGCCAGCUCCGGCGCUCGACCCUGGAAAGACGGGUGACGUUUGUGGAAAAAGUGCUGGGAUGCUCGGCUGUCGCACGGCAUGACCCUCUCCUUUCCGAGUCUGGAGCCCCGGCUUCGUCCGAGUCCGAAGACGAGGAUUUUCCGGUCGAUGUCCCCGCAAUUAGCUGGGCUGACCACAUGGAAUAUGUUGACGGGUUAGCCGAUGACGAGCCGGAACCAUGCAGGAGCGCUGACGAUGACGUGCUGGACAUCGGCCUGGACAUCCAUGGUUUGUCGGAGGAUGAGCAGGAGAGCUCAUUGUCAGCCCAAUGUGCCGCCGCUGCUGCGCUGGUCGGCCACGAUGACACCUCUCUUUUUUCCCUGUUUCGCCGCGCUGCUGAGAAGCUGCAGGUGGACUGGCCCUCUCCUCCGCCAGCUCAGAAGCCGUCGCGGUUCGCGGGUUUUUUCCUCCCACCGGAGCCCGCAACGGCCAAAAACUGCCUUCCCAUGUUCCCAGACUUUCUCUGCAAGCUAACAGCAUCAUGGGACAAACCUCUGUCUACCCGCGUCACUGUGCCCGGCUAUGGACAGUACAUGGAUUUGGACGGCGCCGAGGGGGCUGGCUUAGCUAACCCACCCCCUAUGGAGCCGUCUCUGGCUGCUUAUCUGGCCCCGUCCCAUAACCAUGGUGUCGGCGGCCCCGCAACUCUGCCGUCCAAGCACUGCAGAUUCUCUGCGUCGCAGCUGGAGAAGAUUUAUCGGGCUCAGGCCGGCACUGCUCGCGCCAUGAGCUCCGUCACCAUGCUCCAGACGUACCAGGCAAUGUGCCUGGCGGAGCUCGGAUCGCUGGUUCCUGAUGACAGCCCUUUGGCACCUCUUCUUAACGAGGUCAGAGUCGCCACAGAUUACAUCCUCCGUGCGUCUCGCUGUGCAGCGCUCUCCCUGGGCAGAGGGAUGGCUUCGACAGUAGUGGCGCAGAGGCACCUGUGGCUGACCCUCUCUGACGUCCCGGAUAGGGACAGAGCUGUAUAUCUGGACGCACCAGUGUCUGCGGCUGGGUUAUUCGGACAUUCACUUGAAGCCAUUCAGGCUAGAUUUGAUCUGAGGAAGAAGCAGACGGAAGCUCUGCGCGACAUCAUCCCCAGACGUCAGCCCAAGCCCGCAGCUAGCUCUCACAGGCCCGCCGCUCCUCUGCCGACUGGCAAGAGACCGGCGCCCACUGCUGAAGUGGGUGCGCCGCCAGCGAGAGCACAUCCUCCGGCCCGAGCUCCACGCCAGUCGGCCUGGAGCAGAGACCCACCCUCGGGCCCCCGGCGGGACCCGACGCCCAGGAGGAAGAAGCCUCAGCCCUCCUAGCUGUGGUUUCGAGUGGA